AUGUCUACCGCAAAUUUGAGGAAUCCGGUUCAAUCAUUAGCUAACUUGUUGAGAAUUCACCGUAGUAGGUAUGGUGCUACUUUCUUUUCCGGGACCCUUGGUGGGGCAAUUGGCUCCGUAGGUUUGUUAGCGUUCUAUGAUAACGAAAAGAACAAGCGCUACAACUCAUCAAAAAGUCGAAAAGGACCUUUAUUAGCAGGUACGGCGAUUGUGAACAUUGCUGAAGUUCCAAAAGAUAAAGGUUUCAAGGAAUUUCAGCAGGUUUACAAUGACAUCGCAGAGAAGAUACACUCCGAAGAAGAUGCAGACGAAGGAGAUGGUCGCUAUGGUUUAUUGACUAGACUUGCAUGGCACUCAUCAGGUACCUAUGAUAAGUUUUCGAAUACGGGAGGUUCUUAUGGUGGUACAAUGAUCUACCCUCCAGAACAGACCGAUCCUGAGAGCAAUGGUUUAGAAGUGGGUCGUGACUUUUUAUAUGAGUUCCUAGCAAAGUAUCCUUGGCUUUCAAGAGGUGACUUAUGGACCUUGGGCGGUGUCUGUGCCGUUCAAGAAGCCGGAGGACCAAAAAUCCCUUGGAGACCAGGUAGAAAAAAUAUCUCAGACAGUGAAAGGGUUCCUGAAAACGGUAGAUUGCCGAACCCAUCAAAAGACGGUAAUUAUGUUCACAGUAUUUUCUCAAGAUUGGGUUUUACUGACCAAGAAGCCGUAGCAUUGAUAGGAGCACACUGUUUAGGUCAAUGCCAUAAACACAACACAGGCUACGAUGGUGAAUGGGUUACAACUCCUACUAUGUUUACAAAUGAGUUUUUUGUUAGGUUAUUAGGAAAGUGGCACGUUAAAAAAUGGGAUGGUAGGAAGCAAUACGAAGAUGACGAAACCAAUCAAUUAAUGAUGUUGCCAACCGACAUGGCAUUGAAAGAAGAGCCUUUUUUUGCCAAAUAUGUUAAGCAAUAUGCAGACGAUCAAGACUUAUUCUUCAAGGACUUUAGAAAUGCUUUUAGCACUUUGCUCGAGUUAGGAAUCACAUAUCCUAAGGAUCAGGAAAAAUGGGAGUUUCAGACGUUAGGAGAUCAAGAAGACGAUGAAUAG